AUGCCUCCACGUUUUCACUCCCUCCCGGCCGAGAUCCAGCGCAUGAUCCUACAAGAAGUCUCCCGAGACCCAUUAACCGCCCCCUACGCCGCUGUCUGCAAAGACUGGCAGGAUUUCUUCGAGCGCAAGAACUUCAAGUCCCUCGCCAUCGAUCAACACGAGCUCACUAGCUUCCGCCAAAUAGUUACCCCACGACGUCAAUGGUUCGUCAAACACAUCUGGUAUCGAAUAAUUCUUCCAGAUCAUCCCAGUCUACAUUUAACUCCUGGAAGCAAGACCGCCGAAGAUCCCAGUGUACUCUGGAGAGCAGACAAACGCUUUACCGAAUGUAUCUUCAGACUGUGGGAUAUCAUUUCUCUGUGGAACGCUGAGAACAGAAUCACGCUUGAGCUCAGUGCUUUCUCAUACCAGGAUUGGGACCACGUUACGGUUAACGAACGUGUUUUCGAACGAGACCUUGAAGCGUACAAGGCCCACAAGAAGUCAGAGUCAAGAGAACCUUAUCAUUAUGACAAUCCCCAAGGACCCUACGUUGAACAGUACGGCCUUUGGGGGUUGCCAAACACGAUUUCGAGGAUACAGGACUACUGGGAGGCUUUGACGUAUGACCUUUUGGGGUGGAAGGAAAUCGAGUUCGUCACGGCUGCCGAGGACGACGAUGCCGUAGAAUACUUCAAACCGGAAGAUGCUAUACUCCCCUCAGUUCCUAUCGUUUCCAAGUUCCUUAUCCGGAACACGCAAUUCCGUCAGUUCUGGCCAGAAACUCUCCUCCACAUGUUCGAAAGUUUCGAUAACAUAGAGGACAUAACCAUCGAGCGAUGGGCCUGUGGUACAUCCGAGUCAGAAUCAGAAUGGAUCGAAUAUGCUGAAAAACCGUUUGCCGAGUGGCUCCCAGUCACAGUCAAGAAGUUAUCCGUCAACGGAGAGAAAUGCCGGGUGCUUCAUGACUGGGAAACAUGUGAACUUCUGAAUAGAGAAGCUCUAGCAAAGGGUCUCCGCCAAAACUCCAAAAGGCUAGAACAUAUGUCUGUAGUGGACAUCAUCGGCGCCGGUCACUUCCUUGAUAUCUUCCGUAGAUACGUCACAGAUGAAGACCUUGAAAAGCUAAUACGAUGGCCUUAUCUUAAGACACUGACCUUAUCGACAGAUUUAUUCGAAACGCAAAGGCGAAGAAAGAUAGAGGAAUUGCUCUGCUGUGCAGCGAGAGCAGCACGCAAGAUGCCAAAACUUCAAACACUCGAAAUCAGAAGUAGGGCAGAUCCGCAGAUCAUGUUUCGGUACAAUAUAGUGAAAUCCAUAGCAAAGAUAACGUGGUCAGGGCCAGUUGUCAAUAGUACCGAGAUUAUGAAAGAGUGGAAGAAAACAUCUGAGUGGAGAAACAAUGUUGAUGUAGAACAUGAUUUUUGA